GAAAGGGCUAUUUAUUACAUGGAGUGUUGUCUUCAUCCUUUAUUUAAUAUUGCUCAGGGAAAUUUUAGGCUGGAAUAUCGACGGGUGGAAAAUAGGUCAUUUUUUAUUGCUCUCUUUAAGCAUUUGAUGUUUGUUGGCCAAAGGGGAUGUAAUCGCACAGCUUUGGAAUUUUGUAAACUUUUGCUCAGCUUAGACCCAGAAGAUCCUCUAGGAGUAAUUCUUAUGAUCGAUUACUAUGCCAUUCGAUCAUCCCAGUACGAAUUUUUAAUAAAGCUGUAUCAGGAAUGGAACCCAACUCGAAAUCUUUUCCAGCUACCAAAUUUUGCAUUUUCAGUACCUUUAGCUAUGUAUUUGCUUGCUGUUGAGAAUGGAGAAUCUUCCAGUGAAGCAGAUUUAAUGCUUCAAGAUGCUCUUAUCAUGUUUCCUGGUUUUUUAUUACCUAUGUUGAAUCGAUGUAACAUAGAACCUGACCAAGCUGUGCUGUCUCAUCUCUUCUUUCAAAACACAAAUGAUCGUUCGGCUCUAGUUCAGUUAUUGACCUUGUACAUUGGUAGAACACAUUCUUUAUGGAGAUCUCAAGAUGUUAUCUUUUGGGUAGAGAGACAAGUACAUGAAGUAAUUGCAAGGCAUGAAAAGGGUGAUCCUUAUUUUGCUGAGUGUAGUGAAAAGAAGAAACUUCGAUAUAUAGGUACUCCUCGUAAUGUAUUAAGGCACAUAAUCCUGUCUGAUAUAAGAGAUGCAAGUGUACUACUUCCACAAGAUAUGAUGUCUACUCCUAUAUUUGGAUUUGAUCCAGUUCCGCCAACAGACUCCAUAUCAUCAUAUGCUAGACCUUCAAGGCGACCUGUACCAGAUGAUAGAGGAGUACUGAGUAUGUUCUUUCGAUCUUUGCUGCCGAAUUUCAAUAUGCCUCGAGACCCUGCAUUAGAGGCACCUCAUGAAGCUGGUGCACAAGGUGGAGAACCAAGGGACACAAAUGAUCUUCGACGUAGUGUUACCUCUCUAUUAGAUGCCAUGAGGGAUUUGAUUGGGAAUAUUCAUCUAGCAGAUGUUCCUAAUGAAGGUGACGUUGACAGUGAUGAUGACAGAGAAAUGUGAAACUUUGUAACUGACGUCCAAUCAAG